CUUGGGGCUGCAGCCAGGAAGGUGGGGUCCUUCUCUGGAGCAGUCGCGCAGGCAGCGGCUGCGGGAAGUCGGACACCGGCCGACAUGUAUUACAAGUUUAGUGGCUUCACGCAGAAAUUAGCGGGAGCAUGGGCUUCUGACGCUUAUAACCCUCAGGGAUUAAGGCCUUUGGUUUCCAAAGAAGCACCGCCUAUCAUAUUUGCCACACCAACUAAACUGAGUUCUAAUUCUGCAUAUGAUUAUGCUGGGAAAAACAAAGUUCCAGAGCUGCAAAAGUUUUUCCAGAAAUCUGACGGUGUGCCCAUCCACCUGAAACGAGGCCUGCCUGACCAAAUGCUUUACCGGACCACCAUGGCGCUGACGGUGGGAGGGACCAUCUACUGCCUGAUCGCUCUCUACAUGGCUUCACAGCCGAGAAACAAAUGAGUUAGGCUGUUGAGGACUGGUUUGCUUUUUGGCAUAAACCCUUUGAAUUUUCAUUUUUCAUUUUAUUUCUUUAAAUUUUUUUUUUUACUUGAAUGGCCUUUCUUAACAUUUUUCAUGAAAACAGAAAGAUACUAAGACAAUAUUUUUGGCUUGUUUAUAAAAUGCACAUGGUCUGUCAGAGCUCAUUCGAUAGCUAAAACUAUUGUUUAAAGAAAUGGCUGCUGCCCUCUGCGUUUGGGCUCCUGAUUUCCCUGGAGGUUCCAAAUGAAGGUUGCACACAGGCUCAUUAAUGGCAGUCUGUGCUGAGGUUCUUGGGGACUAAUAGUGGAGUUUUGAGCAUCGGGUGGAGAAGCCUUUCUGGAUUUGGAUGUGACUGAGGGAAGAAGACAGAAGCCAAGGCCAGGCAUAUGAAAUGAGGUAUUUGAUAAGUUAGUAGUCACACUGGGGAUUUUUCCAUCUUGCAGUAAAAUGUUAAUAGAAAUUACUUGCAGCCUGCCUCUGUUCAUUGGGCAGUUUGUUUCAAAGGGUUAUUUGCAUCAUCUCAGAUCUUUAGUGAAUUUUUUUGUGUAAUUGUUAACGUAUUUAUUCCACCAUGGGAACAGAGAACACCUAUUUUGUGUUGCACUUUUAGACCAUUGUCUGUUUUAUUAAAUGCAUCUGUGACACAAAUUCUUUACCUUUUAAAAAUGUUAUGGCUUUAAAUUAUGAUUUGUUUUAAUUGUGGAAUAAAUACAUGAAUGGUAAAACA